AUGUCGGAUGAAUCUGUAAGUGUUGGGACUGCGAAGAGUUCUUCAGCACCUGCACCAGUAGUGAUUAGAACGAAGUUCCCAGAGACAUGGCUGUUUGACUAUUUUGAGAUUAGUUCUAACGGGGAAGCAGUCUAUCAGUCGUUGGCACCAGACACAAUCACCUCGUGGGUGGCGAGCGCAUUUGCGAUCAACGACAACUCAGGACUGGGUGUCGCACCGACCACGUCUAAGCUACGAGUGUUCCGACCGUUCUUCAUCCGUCUGAACUUGCCAUACUCAGUCAAACGUGGCGAAAAGUUCGCUUUACAAGUGUUGGUGUUCAACUACAUGGAAAAAGAACAGGACGUUACGGUCACGCUCAAACACGACGAUAGCUCUGGUUUCGACUUCUUGAAUAAGGAUGGUAGCAUUCGAAAGAGGGCCAAUCAGUCCCGUGCUUACAAACAUUCGAAGGCCUUGUUCGUUAUGCCUAACGGAUUGUGGGGAACAGCAAUGCUGAAUCUUGUUGCCGGAAUAUCGUCGUGA